AUGGCAUCGAUCGGAUUGCGAGUGCCUCGGCGCGGGCGACAGCGGUGGCCUCGAGCCCCACGGCCACAUUGCGCUUGCGCCACUCGGGGCUCGAAUUCGCGGCCACGGAUCCGUUCGAGCUGAGGCUCGGUGGUUGCGUUCAGGCCCUCACUCUUCGAGCGACCGCGAAAGAUUGGAUGGCGGGCGGGCUUCGUGCACUCCACGGCGCUGUUUAUGGAUGCAAGCCUUGUGCAGGCCCCAGGGUGGCGCUCGAGCUCGAGGGUCAGGAGUUGGAGCUGACGGCGGCUGAUUCUCGCCAUGGGUGUCAGAGUGGCAGGCGUUGUUGGUUGUAGUCAGAGUCUGAGGGUUGCGAGUAAUUUGGUGCUCGGGGAUUCGAGAGCGCACUUGAAGGUUUCGGACAUUCAUGCGCCGAAGGACUCGUCUAGGGCACGUCAGAGUCGCUCGGGCACGUUCAGUUGGAUCGAGCAGACCGCGCCGCGGACGUUGUCGCUGCCGUUGGGGAUGCACGUCAGAGGGAACGAGAGACACCACGAAGGACGAGUUGGCGCUUGUGAAGCGGUCGGGGGGAUUGCUCACGAGAUCAAAGUGUGCACGCAGAAAGCAUGCCGAAAGAGCGGCAGUCUGCAGACUCUGGAUGUGCUAAGAAGCCUCGCACCUUCGGAUGUGGCUGUGGAUUCGUGCGGCUGCCUGGGAAAGUGUGGCUCGGGACCGAAUUUGGUGGUGCUCCCAGGGCAAUUGAUUGUAAGCCAUUGUAGCACUGCGGCGCAUGCGGCUCGGUUGAUGGACCUUCAGUGCGGGGCUGCGGACCCUGCCACCAAUUUGAAAGCCCUCGGACUGAAAGAACAGGGUAACAAAUGUUUUGAAAACGGAGACCUCGCGCGAGCAGAAAAAUCUUACUCUGAGGCCAUCGAGUUGAAGCCAUCAGGAGGUCUUCAUUUCAUCUACGGCAAUCGAUCGGCUGCGCGACUUGCCAUGGGAGAUUUAGACGGGGCGCUGGAGGAUGCUGCCCAGGCUGCGAUCCUUGCACCCUCGUGGUCAGGCUCACAUCUACGAAAGGCAGACGCUUUUGUGCAGCGCGGGGAUUUCGUCAAUGCAAAGAAAUCUUGUUCCAGGGCAUUGCAACUCGAUCCAGAACUGAGGCGAUCCAAGUCUUUGCAGGCUAAGCUCAAGCAGAUCGAGGAAAGCCUUGAGCUCCAACGCGUCAAUUCAUAAAACGAGAUGCCUUCUACGCUGCUGCCCUUUGAAAUUGCAUGGUCCGUGCUCUUCUCCCGGCCAAGUCCAACGCUUCAACAUCCUAGGCUAGCAACAUUUCUUGAGCGUUGACGAGCAGGGGAAUGUGAAGACGGAUCACCGUCCGGCUCGGCUAUGGGUCGAGCCGGUGUAUGAUAGGUGACGUUGUAGAAAAUGCAUGCAAUAUAUUAUCUCAUUCCCACAGGC